AUGGAAGUUAACAAGGACGAAGCACUUCGUUGUCUCCAGAUUGCUAAAAAUCAUCUAUCUUUGGGUAAUUUGAAUUCAGCUCGAAAAUUCACAAAAAAAUCUAUAUCUCUAUAUCCUACACCAGAUGCAAAAACAUUAUUAAAAACGAUCGAGUCCACCAGCUUUUCAGAAAUAGACGAAAAUGAAGCGCCAGCAUCUUCUUUUUCGUCAUCAAGAGAACACAUUCAGGGAAGACAACCCCGAGAUUAUACUCCGGAGCAGUCAGAAGCAGUAAAAAGAAUCAGGAAUUGUGGUGUGUAUGAAUAUUAUGAAGUCCUUGGUUUGGAUAAAGAUGCUAGUGAUGCUGAUAUAAAAAAGGCAUAUAAAAAGUUGGCCUUGUUGAUGCAUCCUGACAAGAACGGUGCCCCCGGAGCCGAUGAAGCCUUCAAAAUGAUCAGCAAGGCGUUUCAAGUGCUGAAUGACCCUCAAAAACGAAAGCUAUUUGAUGAAUAUGGUGCCGAUCCAGAUUCAAGAGGCACCAAUUUACCUAAUCAGGAUUUUGUUAAUUCUAGAUAUAAAGAUUUUUCGAAUGGAAUGGUCUUUACUGAUGAAAUAACUCCGGAAGAAUUAUUUGAAAUGUUUUUUGGUGGAAGAGGAUUUAAUUCAGCAACUUAUGUCGGCCGAGGUUUUCGUGGAGGACGAUUUACUACAACACGUAGAACUUCACCUCCAAAUGGGGAAGAUGAUCAAACUACACCAGGAUGGCUUCAAUUAUUUCAAUUGCUUCCUCUUAUUCUCCUUUUUAUAUUCUCCUUUUCUUCAAGCUUAUUUAAUUCGUCACAAGAUCAAUAUCCUACAUUUUCCCUUCAAAGAAAUCCUCCUUAUACGGAACAGAGGUUCACUCAUUCAUUCCAAAUCCCUUAUUUUGUGAAUCCUAACGACUUUAACAUGUUUGAACAGAAUCCGCGAAUAUUACGACGAUAUGAAGAAGCUGUUGAGACAUCGUAUGUUAAACAAUUGCAGCAGUAUUGUAAUUCCGAGAAAAUAGUACAAAAGCAAAAACUGAACGAAGCUUUGGGAUGGUAUAUUAACCUCGAUGAACGGAAACUUGAAGAGGCUAAAAAGAUGAAAAUGCCUAAUUGUGAAAAAUUAAACGAAUUAGCAGAAUUAGUUAGUCAAUCUCGUUAA